ACGCUUCAUUCUCCUACCUCUCUCCUUAGUUGCCAAAAAAAGCAAGAAAAUUCUCCUCUCCUGUCAUUUGUUUUACCUUUCCUAUUUCUGUUCCUAUUCAUAUUCCACUUAGCUGACGAAUAAAAGCGGAUGGAUUAAAAAAAGGGUUUUAUCCUUCCCAAAUACAGAGAAACCGAAGAUUAGAAAGAAGAAACCUCUCCCUCCGAAUGUGAAAAGAAAUAUGGAAAGAUUUCCAGCAUCCGGAAAGAGAAUUUAGCCUUUUUCUAUUGGACAUUUACAAGGUUUCCCUUUCCUUCUUUCCAGCGCUAUUUCCCCUUCCCUGGAUUUUCCUGCUUUCGACGCACAAUCCCCACCAAUCUAUACCUGGUUUCAGACCCUUUUCUUUACGGCGAUUUCAUUAUCUCUAACUUCUUCAUCUGCUGCAAUCCAUCGACAUCUCUUCCAGAAACGUCUGGAUCUGUGCCUGCUCAUCUCAUGGUCCAUGGAUUCGGAUGUCGAUUUUUGAUCUGACAGUGAUUUUCAUGCGUCCGUUCGAAGAAAAUAGAAAGAGGUCGAGAAAACACGGUGCUGAUCUUAGAUCCGGUGGUGGAUUCGUAGAUUGGAAGGAGAGGUCGUAGGAAUCCAAGGCCGGAGACUCGGAGUUUUGGGAUAUGGAUCUGGAUGAUUUCAGGUCGAUUUUGAGGGAUUCGGGUGUAGAUGUCUGGACGAUGAUCGAGACCGCAAUUUCCAUGGCUUCCGCAGACUACGGGAAGGAAUUGAAGGAUCGAAGGGAUGGGAUUGUCGAGCGGCUCUACUCUCCAGCAGUCCAUCGUUGCCACAACUGUGAUCUUGAUGCCGCUCCGAGGCUGAGCAAUACUGGAAUCGAAGAGAAUGAGAAAAAGAGCCAAUCUUCUGUAGAGAAGGAGAGCAGCAGCGGCGGUAAUGUGAAAGGAGCAUCUCCAUUGACGAUGCCACGGCCGAUGGAUGGGGAGGAUGAUCAAGAUCAGAUCUAUGAAGGAGGUCAUUCGAUUGACCACGAGAAGAAUAAGAUCCUUGUGAUCAAGGAACAUCUGGAAGAUCCUGGUCAGUCGGACGAUUCUCUUGUUGAUCUCCUCCAAGGCCUCGCAGACAUGGAUAUAACAUUCACAGCUCUCAAGGAAACUGACAUUGGAAGACACGUGAACGGCCUGCGGAAGCAUCCAUCGAGUGAAGUACGACGAUUGGUGAAGCAGCUUGUAAGGAAAUGGAAAGAUCUGGUUGAUGAAUGGGUGAAAUUGCGUGGUGAAACUGCCGCUGCAGCAGUCAUCGAUGGAGACUCCCCUCAACAAUUCUCUGCUAAAAGCAAUCAAAAUGGGAACCAGGUUUCCCCAUCGGUACCCGAUUUUGGAUACUCUCCGAAUUGCCAUAAUGGAAGUUCUGGUUCGGAAAAAUACAAUCCUCAGGAACCAGAAACAAAGGGAAAAGGAAUUCCUCGUCGAGAAGUUCAAAUGAAACAAAGUCAAUCAGUCCCUCCUGCUUCUUCUGUCACAUCCAAUAAGCAGAAAGAAUCAAAGGAGAGCCUCAUCGAUCCAGAAAGGCUUGCCUCUGCAAGACGGCGACUCCACGAAAACUACCAAGAGGCACAGAAUGCAAAAAAGCAACGAACGAUUCAGGUGAUGGAUCUUCAAGAUAUUCCGAAACCGAAAAACUCAUUCUUUCCACGCAAUAAAGGGGGUUUUCAGGCUAAGCACUGGUGAAAAGGGUCACCAGAAGAAAACCCAGGUGGAGGAAUGUUUAUUUUUCUUUUAUUUGCAGGGAAUCUUUGAGUUACACCAGGAGAUGGGAAAGCCUGUGACUUUGUACCUCUUUUUUUCUGUUUUUAGGCCUGUGAUUAUCACCUCUAUUUUCAAAGUGGUGACUCGUCCGCUGUCCACAUGGCAUAAUGCAAGGAAAUCCAUCCCUUUCAAGUUGUAGGCCCCAUGGGGGGAUGGAAUAUAUACCCCCAAAAUCACAGUGAUUGACAUGAUCUUAACCAUCCAUAUAUGCUAUGCUGUUGAAAACCGACGCUGAGGAUUCCAUGUUGAUUCGUCUAUUUUAUAGGCACCAAUUGGAUGGUUGAUCGGUAAUGUGUGUAGAAGUUCUUGUAUGUGCAUUUGCAAGAUGGCUCUUGGUCCAUUUCUUCAAAGAGUUCCAUUGAAUUCAAUCCAGUUUGACGGACUUGUCCCAUUCAGCUCAACUCCAAAUGUAUUUGGAUCCAGGUUUUAGUAAUUAUUCGGCUAAGCUUGGACUGGACCUUUUGUGCUUCCAAAACAAUGAGCUUUUCAAUUCGAUGGGGCACCAUUUCAACAGAUCGCAGCUACCAUUUCCUACCUCACGCAACUUUUUCGGUUAGUCUGAUUUUCCAGAUAAAGCUUCUGUCGCAAUUUAGAUCGGUUGGCCUGUUUGAUGUUUGGCCCUAUUUUGAAGAUGAUGGUGAACUAUCACCGAGCACUCAUGUAUAUCUAGUUUUAUGAUUGAGACUCUCCUUGAAAACAAAAGGUUUUGAGGGUCUCUAUGAUUGGCGUGGACUUACUGAAGCUAGUUUUGUGAUGUUCAGGUACACGUGUAUAUUUUCAUCUCAUCAGAGGCUUUAAAAUAAAAAAAUCAGUCGCAAGACUCACAAGACUGAGGUUUUUUAUUUUCAGUUUUGGAAUUGUAUAAUCUUGUGUGUGAUUAGCAAAACAGCAUAUGGCAAAAAGGACGGAAAACGUCUGUGUUUAAUUC